UCUGCGCGGUCGGAGCCGCGCACGGACUGGAUGUCGCAGUCGCCGGAGCCGGAGUCACACAAACGCCGCGUUUCGAAGCGUUUUCUAACCGCCGCGGUGGUUCGGCGGCGCAACCGGUCGAGUGACGUGAAGUUGUUCGACGCGUUCCCUUUCGUUCUCCCGCGUACGAGUCGCUUUUCCAGCGAACGAGCCGACGUUUCGUCAAAUCGUGUACGAAUGUCGCCGCGGUUCCCGGCGGCGGCGGCGGCGGGUCCGUGUUUUGCCGCCGCCCCCUCGGCUCUGGAGGGAGCAGUGGGGAAAACAAACAGGUCGAACGGAGGGAGAUAGGCAGCCGGUCGGACGUGGAGGUUGUUUCGCGGCGAGUGAAUCGUUUUCCCGUGUUGUCGGCUUUUUUUUUUUUGUCCGGUGCCAACUCGAAGUUCCGCCGCCGGUGUUCGGUGCCGUUUGAAUGCGGCGCAAGUGCGGACGCGGUCCGGAGUCGUCGCCCCCCCGAGCAUGUUUCCGCUUUCUAACAUUUUGCCAGGGCUGUCGCAGCGCGUAGUCUGCCCGCUGCGGGUCGGUGUUUUCCUCGACGCUGUUCACUGGUCAUAGUCCGACGCCCCGCGAUCCCGAUCCCGAUCCGCCGGGCUUCGGCCGUUCCCAAUUCGGCGCGACACUUUCUUUUCCUUUUCUUCUGUUGACAUGCAUACGAGGCGUUUGGUGAAGCGGUCGAUCCUCGGCAGUCGCGUCUACGCGCCGAGUCCGACCGGCGACGGUGCCCCGGUGACAGGAGUGGUCCAGGCUGUCAAGCAGGAGAACCGGGACGUGUCGGCCGCGGGGGCGCGGCGCAGCGUCUACACGGUGCUCAUGCAGGACGGCAGCCUCAAGGAGUUCUCCGAGGAGGAGAUCGCCGCCGGCUUCAACCACACUGCGGCCAAAGCGCCGCUCAAAUCCAGCCUGAAGCAUAGCUCCAGUAAUGGAGCUCCAGAGGGCCACAAGGUGGACGGCGGCUCCCUCAGCCCGGAGGCGGUGGAGGAGCAGCGGUUGGUGGACAGCAAGCGCGUUGGCCGAGACCCAGACACCCGAUCAGUGUCCCUGCUCGAGCAGAAGCGCAAAGUGGUCUCGUCCAGCAUUGAUGUGCCUCAUGCCAGACGGUCGGAGGAGGAAGUGGACAUGGACAAGGUGACGGCUGCCAUGGUCCUGACCAGUCUCUCCACCAGCCCACUGGUCAGGAGUCCACCUGUCAAAGUCAGCGAGUGUCUAAGCGGUUCGUGGAAGGACAACGGCUCAGCGGGACCCUUUACCCCGUCUAGCAACAGCUCUUCGGGGGGCUACUGGAGCUGGUCUGGCCCCAGCGACCAGUCCAACCCUUCCACACCUUCCCCACCACUCUCUGCCGACAGCUUCAAGCCGUUCCGUGUGCCCAGCCUCGGCGGCGUGGGCCCCGGCCCUGCAGGACCCGAAGACCCCAGCCUGGACGAUCAGGACGGCAGCAGCCUGCUCUUCGAUGAGCCCAUCCCUCGCAAGCGCAAGAACUCCAUGAAGGUGAUGUUCAAGUGCCUGUGGAAGAACUGUGGCAAGGUGCUGAGUACUGCCGCCGGCAUCCAGAGACACAUCCGCACCAUCCACCUGGGGCGUAGCUGUGACUCGGACUGCAGUGACGGCGAGGAGGAUUUCUACUACACGGAGAUCAAGCUCAACACGGACUCGGUGGCCGACGGCCUCAGCAGCAUGUCCCCCGUGUCGCCCUCCGUCCUCGCUCCCCCUCCUCCUCAGCCCCCCUCCCCUCUCCCUCUCCCUCCUCUCGGCCAGCUGCCAGACUCCCAGAGGCCCCCGCAGUCCUCCGACACCACGGAGCCCCACGCUGGCGGACCCACCCCGCUCAGCCGCUCGGCGCCCAGCGCUCUCUACCUCAUCCACACAGACCACGCCUACCAGGCCACGGCUCCAGUGUCCAUCCCGUCCAGCACCAGUAACUCGGCCGGCUCAGGCUCCACCAGCUUCACUCCCACCAACAGCUCCAGCUUUAGCAUCUCCUGGCAGUCGCCACCCGUCACUUUCACCGGGACCAUGGUGUCUCCCAGUAAAAGCCAGGGAUUUGGCGAACAGCGCUCCCAGACCAUCGCCGUCCUCUCCUCCCCUCCCAGAGCCACCACUGCCCUGAGUCGAAAGGUGCGCGGCGAGGGGAAGAAGUGCCGCAAGGUGUACGGGAUGGAGAACCGCGACAUGUGGUGCACCGCCUGCCGCUGGAAAAAGGCCUGCCAGAGAUUCACCGACUGAGCGCACCUCACCAGACGUCACGGCACGCAGCGCCACCAGAGGCAAGGCCGCCUUUCGCCAGAAGAGAAGCGGGGGACGGGGCGCCAUUUUGCAUGCGUUUGGUUUUUCUUCAGCUCAAAUUCUCAAACUGUCCGUCCCUGUACUCGCCCCCCGCCCCCUCAGCUCCACCUCUCCAUUCCAGCUGUGGAAGCAACCUGAAGGACGGCGGAGUCACCCUUUGCGUCGCCGUCCAGGAUUCCCAGUACUGCCUCGCCAUUUCCAUCAUUCCCAGUUUUGGGAACCCCCAGUGCAGCUAUACAGUGUAAAGAAAAAUAGUAGAUCUAAAGAUUUCUGCAGUUUUUUGUUUUUUUUAGUGUUUGGUUAGGUGUUACAUCUUUCUAUGUUUUGUAAAGUUCUGGGUUUUAGAUGGAACGUCUAGUCAAAGAAGGGGUCCAGAAUAAAGGCCAACAGCUUUUUGUGUGUUUUUUAUUUUUUUUUUUAUCCAAGAGAAGAAUGAGCCUCUUUGCUGCAGUUUAAAAAAAAAAGGAGAAAAAAAACGUUUUUGAGAACGCAUGGCGGUAAAGCUCGCAGCUUUUGUUCUUCCUUCAACUUGUUCAUCUCUUGUUUCGUUUACUUUUUUUGAGGCGAUCUUUUAUCGGUGAGAUCGCAGCAUCUCCCAGACUCACACCUGUUCGUCACGUCCGACAUCCCCGAGGGAAUGUACGGCAGAGCCGGGGACGGACGGUGGACGGGGAGAAGAGAAAAAGAGAGACACGCAAGUCGAAUGAUCGAUGCAAAAAAAAAAAAGAAAAGAGAUACAAUUUACAGUCAGGGAAAGCAGAUGGGCCACGCCAGUAAUCAACCACAUGAAACCACGACAGUAGUCUCUCUUUCACACACACACACACACACACACACACACAGGUAUUUACACACAAUCAUGACAGAAGAAGAACAGUUUUUUAUGUCGCUUUUUUACCCAGUUGUUUUCAUUACCUUUGUUUUAUCAGGGACGUGUUUCUGGAGAAAACCAGCAGCUCAAACUUGGGGCUAUACUGUAGACAGCAGCAACAUUAUCUCUUUUUCAUUACACCUGACAACCAAAAGCUCCUUAAUCUUGUUCUUUGUUUUUGAAACUUGUUAAGGUGCCAUGUUUACUGUUGUACGAUGCAGUUGUUGUGUUGUCGUUUGGCUCCACCAAGACUGUUGGCCUACAAACUGGUGUGUGUGUGUGUGUGUGUGUGUGUGUGUGUGUGUGUGUGUGUGUGUGUGUGUGUGUGUGUGUGUGUGUGUGUGUGUGUGUGUGUGUGUGUGUGUGUGUGUGUGUGUGUGUGUGUGUGUGUGUGUGUGUGUGUGUGUGUGUGUGUUAAAAGACCUUCCUGAGAGCACUGGUAGCAUGAAGUCUGCAGCGCGAGGCCAUCAAAAGAAAAAACAUCUCUCGCCACGUACAGAGCGACAACGCGCCCUCCUCAACGCCCCAACGUUGUCCCAAAGGGAACAAAGUGACUUAAUGUUUUUUUUUUGUUCACCACAGAGUCGCGUCCUGAUGAUGUGUCAACCAAAGGGGGUGAGGGCCGCAAACCAAAAGUGAGGCACUUGCACCGUACGUGUACAAUGGAGCACUUGGUUUCUUUGAUGAAAACCCUGUGGUUAGAGAGUUGAAAAUGCCUUCAAGUAUCUUCCACUAGACUCUCUUCAUUCUUAACUAAACUGGUUCUAAAAGGAAGUAAAAAUUGAAGCAGGUAUUGCUUCUCCCUCUUUUAGUGUUUGGAGAAUGGAAAAGGGUUGUUAGCGCUUGAUUAUUUGUUGUUUGAAGGGCACCGCACCUUUCGUUAGUUCGGCAUCACGCAAGCAAAGCUGUUUGACUCGAGCUUUUCCUCCGAGUCCUUGUAAAUCGGCACGUUCCCCUUUUACUGACACGGUGAGAAGAGGUCAACGGUGGGAAUAAUGGUUCUAGUCGGAUUAUGUUUUAUUUUGUUGAAUGUGUUCACUUGAAUUCUGGCCUCCCUGUCGGCUCAGUGGCUGGAAACGAGACCUGGAAGCCAAAUUGUUUACAGAUGUUCACUUUGCGUUGAUGGACGGGCCGACUCUGUUACGACGUGGUGGAAGUGAUCCAAGUGUCCCGUGUUCCAGCUACGACAAAUGCUCCAACCGACAGGGGCAGUGGUGCUUUUUCGUUAGUGCACUUCCCCUCUGCAUGUUGUGAACUUGGUUUGAACGCACACGGAAAUGUUAACCGGCAUUUCUGUGUCACACACACACACACACACACACAAAAUCCUUCUACACCACAAUUCAUUCCAAACCAACACCAGCAAAUAAACUCACACGCUCGCCCCAUUCUUUACGUUCAGUACUUCCACGCUUGAGAGUGUAGCUAAUCUGUUAUGUUUUGCUCAACUGUUUUUGUUUGUGUCUGUUUUUUUUGUUGAUGUGUGUAUAUAUAUAUAUAUAUAUAUAUAUAUAUAUGUAUGUGUGUAUAUAUAUAUAUAUGUAUAUAUAUAUCUAUGUACAUAUAUAUGUAUAUAUAUAUCUAUGUGUGUAUAUAUAUAUAUAUAUAUGUAGCUCUUGUAUUUUCUCUAAGCUCCAUAUAUAUUUUUUUUGUUGUUGUUGAUAUUUAUAUAUAUAUAUAUAUAUAUGUAGCUCUUGUAUUCUCUCCAAGCUCCAUGUUUAUGACCUCGGUCAACACAUCUGCCACCUUAUGAACAAGACGGGUUCGAGUGUGAUGCCGCGUGAGGAAGUUAAUGUACCGUUCAACCUGUCGAGGCUUCUUUUGUUUCUGAGUGUAGGGAUAACCUUAAAGUCACUCUUUAAAAAAAAAAAAAGGAAAAAAAAAGAUAAUUGUGCUUCUUCUAUGUCCUUACAUUGAUGUUUCAGUGAGAAAUAUUUGGAUUAUCUCAAAAACAGAUUUUUCUCCCCAUUGUAUUAUGUCAACGUAUUAUUGUUUAAGAAAAAAGACAAAUCUAUAUAUAGAAGAGAAAAAAAACAUGUUGGAAUUCAAAUUCAAAGCAAAAAAUAAGAUGUUGAUUUGGCUGUUUUUAUUUUUUCCAUAUAUAUAUAUACAUAUAUGUAUAUAUACGAAUAUAUAUACUGUUUAUUCAUUUUGUUUUCAUGUUCUGCAGAAGAAAGUUUGUUUUUAAACUGUAGGAGGGAGCCCACUCAGUCUAGACAUAUUUUCCACUGCACUUUUAAUCUACCGUGACCCAGAGCCCCCCCCCCCCCCCCCCCCCCGCACUCAAUGGUCGAAAACAGUUGAUUAAAAAUCCUGUCUUAUUUUCCCAUUCUCUUCUCCCAGUGUCACGCCGGCCCACUUGUAAUUAGUCUGACUGACACGUCGGUGUGUUUUGCUGAGUGUGAUCGUGAAGGAGCCUCGGGCGAAAGUGGAGCGCAGUGCUCUGCUCCAGAGGAGUCACACACACACACACACACACACACAUACACACACUCUCACACCUUUUAUCAAAGGGCCUGUGGCAUUUCCCUGUCGAGGUGUGUGUGUGUGUGUGUGUGGUGGAGUCCACCGUGCGUCGCUCCUGGGAAACCAACACUUUACUGAGUUCGAGGAUGUUUUUGUGUGUAGAGACCUCAGUGGCCGCAUGUGGCUCAUGUUGGGUUCCUUUUUUCUUUUCUUUUCUUUUCUUCCUUGUAACUCCAUGCACUUGCCACUGCUCCGUUCUCCAUCACUGUGUGGUGCUGCGUGUCUGUGUUCAGACCAUCUCCUCCAUUUGGUGUGUGUGGAAACCAUCUGGCAGCCAAUCAGAUCCUGUCAGGUCCAAGUGAGGUCCAGGAACACGUUACUGAUCGUUCCGAGGUCCUGAUGUGUGAAGCGGCAGCAUCGCCAGGCAGCUAAGUUUAAAAGAAGCUCUUUCUGGACGCCCUCUCCCAUUCACAGGUCAUUGUUGUUGUGUCAGGUCAAAUCGCUGAUGAUGAAAUGUGACCAAAAUAAGCUAAAGUCCCACCCUGGUAUAGGAUUAAUCCAAAUGACCUCCAGAGGAUUUUUUUUCGCUGCCAUUUUUUCCCUCAAACCCGUCCAUCUCCUCGUAGAUCAGUCAGGAGCUCCGGGGUUUUGUUCGUGGACUGUGACCUGGCCUGCGUCUCAUGGAAACGUCUCAGUCCCAUUCACUGCCACCGGCGCAAAGAUGGCCUUAGCAUGAAGGUGCUUUCAGAGACACUGGGCCCGGGUCCGUCUUUGUUACUGUACAUGCUGGUGCUGUGGCCUCGGCAGGGGGGAGGAAUGGAGGUGCUAUAUUUCCCGUGCAGUGCUGUUUUCCCCCCAUGUGUCCUCUGAUACUAACUCCAUUUUGUACACUAUGUUAUGCUGUAGAACAUGAAAAUAAAAUCCACCCUGCCUCAAGUCUAAGUUAGUAAGGGGGUCGCCCCAAAUCCUCUUUUUCGUUUUUCUUCGUUUUUCUUUUUUCCCUUUUGCUCCCCAUCAGUUUUCAUGCUUUUGUUUCGGUGACUUGUGUUUCCUCAUUCCGGGGAGUUCACUUCUGAUGAAAAGUAUAGAACAUGAAAUAUGCACAUGUACAUCCCAAACGACAUAAGCGCUCGACACUCAAACUAAACCCAACGGUUGAACUGGGGAGCAGCGGGUGAGAAAAGUCAUCUCGACUCGAGGUCCGUUUUAUUUCUGCUCGUCCUGGAGCUUUUGACCGCACCGCACAUAAUUAUUGAUGCACAUCUGCUAAAGGCGAGGCAGAUUUUAACUGCCAUCGAGCCAACCUGCUGGCUGGCUUUAUAACAGUAAGAUUAAAAUGAUUAGUUAAUGUUUAAUAUCACUAAUGAAACUGGAGUACAAGUAUAAAGUAACUUCAUAUGUACAUUUUCUAUCCCCCACUAUUGAUGAAGACCAUGUAGUGUGAACCUCCAAAGGGGAGUGAGGAAAUGGUCACCGAGUUGAAAUUUCUUUUAUCAACUAACUUAACAUCCACACUAUUCUGAAUGUUUUCAGAUUGCACAUUACACAUCACACUGUAUGAUAACAACAGUCACCCACAGUUCCAAUUAGUUCUGCUCCAAAAAGUGUCCAAAAAAAUGAGAGAGUCCUGCAGGUCUAAAACUUCAAAUACCAGAUCGAAAAAUAAUAAAUGAACACAGUGAAGAAGUGUCCGGGAGAUAGUUGGAUAAUUUACUCCCUUUAAGGCCCAAAACCCCCCCAAAAAAUCUGUCAGACAAAGACGGAUCGCGACACUCAUCUGUGUACUCCCAAAUUGCCCAAACAUGCCAUAUGGUCUCAUCCUCCGGAAACUGGUCAUCUUAACUUAUUCAUAACCGAGCAGAACUGAAGCUCUCAGCCCUGAAACCUGCAGGGAGCACGCGGCCAAAACGCAAACCCCGAAACGGGCUGGCACCAUAAACAUGUUCGCGCAGCAGAAUUAAAACUGCCAUCAAAGAACCGCAGCAGGCGGUCUUGUUACUCCAGCGAGGGUGAUAUGAAUAUUUAGUGCAUGAGGCCUUUUAUUUAUUUAUUAUCUUUAUCUUUUCUUUUUUUCAGCGGUGGCUGGUCUGGCUUUUGUUCUCUGGUGUGUUGACCCCCCCCCUCCACUGACUCCUAUUAAAGGGCUGAGCGUUCAGCAAUGAUUUAUAGGCAGAAUAAAAUAAGAUAGCAUUAUUUAGGGAUGGCAUAAAAAUCUACUCGUGAGUUACGAGGGAUCCUUGAUGGACAUAUAUAUAUCUAUAUAUAUAUAUAUAUCCUAUAUCUCACACACACACACACACAUUAUGUCUGUGCACGGCUGUCCAACAUGGCUCCUGAGCAGUGAUGGCUGUAACAGCAGUUCAUGUGGUGACAGUUUUAUGAGAAUUCCUGCUUUAUGUACCUGAUCCUGAUCCCUGAUCGAUAUUUCAUAUCAAGACAAGACAAGACUUUGUUUGUGACGAGGGGCUGACGCUUAUUGUAUCACACCUUAUAUCAUCCGAGUAGAGGUCAACAUAUGCGACAAUAUAUACAGACUAAGCAGCAGUACAGUAUAUCUAAGCUACAGUAUCGGUUCUGUCAGUGUAUUCAUGUGAAUGCUUUCAAAGUUCCUACUUAUUUUCCUCUUUUACUUGCACCGUCGACUCUCUUUUGAGUUGAAGUUAAAGUGGCAGGUUGUGCCUUUAGUCGGGAGCCCCCCCAGCCACUUCUAGCAGGCGAUAUAAAACGUGUGAGCAGAUGCCCACAGGGUUAUUUUUCUGCCCCACUGACCUGCAGCUCUUUCACACUACCCCCCACCCCCUGCCUGUGUUGUGCAGAGACACCACGCUGCCAGCAGGUGGCGCCCUGUGGAGUCCGGCAUGUAAUUACACUUGUACCUAACAGUACGAAUGCAUUCGCUGCGCACCGCUGAGCAGCCGCAGCAUCACCUUGCAUGACCGCCAGUAGAGACGUGCGCAUCCGGGAAGUGUCCGUAUCCCCACCCAACCCGUGGAGCCAGUUUCCGUGGCAACCACGCUCACGGGCAGGUUCAUGUGUCUCUGCUCCUAUCCGCUGCCAGAGCUGGGGCAGGAUGAUGCUGUUGUCAAUAAAUUUAAAAAAAAAGGAGGGGCCUUCCCUCCCUCCAUUCUUCCUUCCUUCCUUCAUUCAUUCAGGAAUUGUUGAAGAGGGUGAAAUGGCUUCUGCGAAACACUCUGCUGGCUGUUUUGGGGGGGAUUCCCCCUCGAACACGAAUGAAUAAAUAGAAAAAGAAGAAGACGUGAAGCCUUUAGUCUGCUGUUUUGCCAGGCGCUGCUUCACCCUCAUUGUGGUUUUCCUCUGGAGGAAUACGGGAGUUGUGAAUGUGCCUUUAAUGAGAGGAGAGUUUCUGGAGUGGACCUCAGCAGUCGCCGUGUAGAAACUCUCUGUAUGUGUGUGUGUUGGAGGAAUGUCUCUGGUGCUGGCUAGUCCCAGUUCUGCUCUUUACUUCUGCUUCACAGACGUGUGAUACGAGGAAAAUGUCCUGUGUGUUGCAUUCAGGGGCCCCUUUGGCCCCUCUUAGAGAAGACGUUGUUGGAGGGGGACUUUUCUACUCUUUGCUGUGAACUGUUAUUUCUUGAUCCAAACUGAUGAAGAUACUGUGUUUCAGUGUUAUUUCUCUCUCUCUGUCCUUCUCUCGUUGUUUUCCCAAACAUGGCUCCUCUCUCCCUUUUUGCACAAGGGCUUGUGGAUGAGUGUGUGUCGGCGUGAAGGAACGCCGUCGUGGAAAUGUUUGGGAAAUCGAGGAGGCCUCGCCUUGAGCGAGCCGCUUGUGGGACGGUCGGUGAGAUGAUCCAUUUUUUUUUGCGCAGAGCCGCUAAAUUGAUUUCCACGGGAACCCUGAGAGAAGAAAAAGACAUCACUUGCUUUUGUGUUUUUCACAGGCGGAUGGGAGGGGAACAAACACUCUCAUCGGCCUGAAUUCUAUUAUUGGAUUUGAAUACAACAUUAGAGAAAGAGUUCAAGUCAUUACUUCAGGGUGUGUGUGUGUGUGUGUGUGUGUGGACAGAUCUCCUUCACUCUUUAAGUUGAAUAUGCAACACAGGGAGCGGUGGCCUGCUGCUCUUUCAACUGGAUCAUCUCACUGGCCGUUUUUGAAAAGAAAAUCUGAUUACAAUCAUAGACCUCAAGAAACACAAUGACUGUCGCACUGGAUUUUUACACUUUUUUCAAAACAGUAUAUACAACAUUACACUAUAUGCUCUGGUCUACCUGUAUUUUUUUUAUACUGCAUGUGCAUGCAAGUAAGGGAAUUAUGGAAUACAUGACUUUAUAUUAAUGUGCUCUGUUUGUGCCGUGACAGGGGGUCGAGAGCAGCCCGGGGAUUGAUUCAUUUUUCUUUGGACACUAUUUCAAAAACUUGAGAUGAUGGGAUGAGAAAAGAAGUCUCUCUCUCUUUUUCAAAACCACAAGUACAAAAACUUGAGGUACCUGUUGACUCCCUGCCGGCGCAGAUGAAUCGCUCACCGUCUGGGUGAAGCUCUGCUCCGGCCUCCUUGUGUUGUGUGUGUCAAGGCAGUCAGGCCGGUCCCGGGAGAGUCCGGCGGGGAGCCUCGUGGAAGACGGAUCAUGGGAGGCUGAGCACCGGGGCCUGCGUCUCGGUGAUGGGAGCCGCGCCAGCAGGAUGUUGUGAAGACGCCCCUCCACCUGCGUCGAUGACCCCAUGAUGGCUCCACUACAGAAACACACGCCGGGAGCUGGAAAUUGAUUUUUUUUUCUUUUGCAAUCCGUGCACGAUCGGAGGAAAGUCAGAUACGUGUUGUCCGACAUUAAGAGACACAUGGUAGCAUUGUACAGCUUAUACCAAAUACAGUAUUAUUGUCUCCCUCAUGUGAACACGUGCACAAAGACUUCCCCUCGGCAGUGGCUGCUCUCCAUCCCUGAUGUGUCCGGCACAGUACUUCACGUUUUAUAUAUCCCCUUUUUGAAGCCUCUAAAAUGUAAAUGUUUCAUAAAUGUGUGUUCCUCCUGGACUGUAAACUAAACUGUAGAUGCAAACACGUUGUCCUGGUCCACAUCUGUUCAUGGACAGAGCGCCAGGUGACACGGUCGGGUUGUGAAAUGUUUAACAUUAACCUUGUCUGACCUGAACGGGGAUGAUGAUGAUGAUGAUGAUGAUGAUGAUGAUGAUGAUGAUGAUGAUGAUGAUGAUGAUGAUGAUGAAGCCAUGUUUAGAGUUUCAUUUUUGUUAUCAAAGUAUUGACUAAACUUCAGGAAAUACUUUUCGGGGGAACACGCAAAAUUGAUACCACUUAUUAAAGCUCACAGUUAGCAGCCAGUUAGCUUAGCAUCGUAUAAAAAGAAAUCGCCAAAGUUUAGAGUCAGUGCAGGACACAAAGUGGAGUUUUCGAAGCAGUUUGAGGUAAAUUAUUACACAUAUAGGAUCAUUAUAAAAAUCAGCAAAUUGGUGAAUCUCAUUGCUGUCGCCCCUGAUUUGACAGUUGGGAUGAAAAGCAGAUGUUGGCCAUUGGCAAACAAUAUAUCCCCCUCCCAAAAAAAAUGAAUUGUCUCGACCAAUCAGCCUCAUUGGCAUCACAGCUCUGGUCCAGAAACCACAAUCCUCCCGCAGAGAGAAGAGUGUUUCAUUCUGCCGAAGGUUGAGGAACCACUCACAUCUCAAACGCCGUCAGUGGAGCUCGUGCAGAGAAAAAUAAGCAUGUGAGGCGAUUUAAAACUACGGGACGAGCUCCGGUCCGUGAGUCCCGCAGGGCCUACGUCCUCUGGGUCGUCGGGAGUAACUGGAUGAAUGAGGCGGCGUUUAUCAUUCUGUACUGCGUGAGGAUUGACGAUUGAGGAUGCUGGAUGAUGGAGGGAAUUAGGUCAGGCCGUUUCAAUGCACACUCGAGCACAAGCCGCUGCAACAUUUAUGUCAGUCAUCAUUAUGCAUCAUUCAUCAAGUGGAAUUUAUUCAUUUAGAAUGCAACUAAACAUCUCAGAAAUACCUUUCGGGCGGAUAUCCGCAGAUAUUACACAACCCAGACACCCUCAACACACACACACACACACACACACACUGAAAGAAAGAAAAGGGCAACUGUGUAAAACCAUCAGCGACAUUUCUCAGUGCUGCCUGACAUAUGUCCCCGUGGCUUCGGCUCUCGUCCUGCGAUGAUGCUAAGAUCUUGCCGGCGGAGGCCGCUUGCAUCACGCCAUGCCACUGGUCCAAACACACAGCUUCGCCAGGGAGUUGUCAACAUCGUGUGUGUGUGUGUGUCCAGUACGAGAUCAUAGAGUGUGUUUCCACUGACCACCCGAGGUACGUCCCAUCUGCUCAACGUAGCAUUCACACCUCCUGUUUGUCUGUUUGCGUGGGGAAUGUGUGUGUGCGCGUGUGUGCGUGUGUGUGUGUGUGUGUGUGUGUGUGCGCAUGCAGGCCCGAUCAAGCCGUCCCUGUGGCCAUAACUGCACACGUCACAGUGUGCAAUCUGUCAUACCUCGUUUAUUAUUAGCUAGUAAAUUGACAUACCAUAAUAUAUGUCCCCCCUCGCUGCUUCCUCACACCAAGCCCACAGCCUGUGUUCCUCAUUAUCAUAAACACCGGAACCUGCGGAGCAUCACUCUCCGUCACUUUGCCAAAAUGAAAUGCAUGUUUCAUGGCGGUCGACAUCACGCUGACCUUCUAAUGUGACGCAGCGGUUGUGGCGGCGUUUGUCCCGGCCGGAACGUGUUUCUGCUGAAGGGAGUUGAGCGGGCAGGGCGAGGUCCUGAGGAUUCAAGACGAUGUUUUGGGUCUCAGUGGAGCACAGGGAGGCCGCCCAUGUGUACGCCUGAAUAAUUGAUGAGGGGUGAUGAGGAACAGCUCAUGUACACCGGCUCCAUCUGUGACCUCGGUUGAUAACCAUCGUUGCGGCCCGUGAAAUGGGCAGGUUCCCCUCGCGGCGAGGGCACGGGAGGUUCGACGCGAGGGGUUGGGGGGACGAUGGGGAGGAAGGAAAGAGGCUCGUGUGGAUCCGUUUUAUUCAAGCAAUACAGGUUUUUUUUACUCAAGACAAAGAGAAAUUGAUUGUGUUCGGCUCUGAGAAAGCCAACAAUUACAAAAGCAAACGGCGCCACGGCAGAAACGAGGAGAGGAAGACGCAAGAGCCGAUAUUCUGAAUGUUCCUCGUGCUGUCGGUACUGUGGACGAGGAAUUUUGGCAGAUGGGCUCAUUUGCUUUCUGACGGAGAGUUAGAUCAGGAGAUCGAUGCCACUCGAGUCUGGGUGUUAAACGUGAAGCUUCGGCCAUUAGCUCAGCUCAGCGUACGGACAAGAACGAAGCAGAAUUACGAAAACUGGGCCUGCUAACACGGCAAAAGUGGAAUUUCUUGUUUGCUUCUUCAUCACACGUCUGUUCAAUAAAUAAAAAUGUACAUCAAAGUGACAGGGAUCAGGUUCUGGGCGAUUCCUGAAGGUCGUCUUUUUUUUUUUAAUAAGCUCACACACACACACACACACACACAAACACAAAGCCGUGUUCGAACUGAAUGUUUCACUUUCUGCACAUUAAUAAACCAGGCCUGCUUCUUCAUGAUGCACAAAAACUGUUGUCUGUGUCAAACACUACGUUUUGAAUUGUUCAUCAGCAACUCAACACACGAGCACCUGCAAUAUGCAUCCGCCACCGUCACGAGCUUUACUCUACGCAACCAAUGAAGUUUUGUUUUACCAUGAUAUUAUCAAAUGGAUUCUAUGAAUAUAUGAUGACGAAGAAGCGACGCACACUUGACUGUUAAAACUCCUGUACCAGUUUCUAUUUUUCUUUUUCUUCUCCGAUCUCUGCGUGUAGAAAACUGCCAGCGUUCUUCUUGUAAAUGGUGUUUACUGACAAACUGCGUUCUGGUGCUGUCGUUGUUUGACUCCUGAGUCGUCGACUGGACGAAGACUCUGGAGGCGUCUGGCUUUUACUGAAUAAAGAUUUGUUUGGCAGCUGUUUGUCAGCUGCUUUCA